AUGGCGAACCUCUCCAGCCUGGUGCACGAACUUCGUGAGCGCAUAGCGGCGUCUUCGUCGACCUCCUUCACCAAGAAAAACGACGACGUUUUGGAGUCCCGAUUUCGCGCCGUCAUUCCCAGUCUUCUGCUGACCUACCUCGUCCCUUCUUCAUCUUCCAAUAAAGAGAGGGAAGUGAUUGCGGUGCUUAAGCUGUUGGCGCAAACGGCGAAGAAUUUCCCGGGGGUUUUCUACCACGGGAAGGCGAACGCAGUGCUCCCUGUUAUUGGCCGCAUAUUGCCCUUCUUUGCUGAACCGGCAUUUCGGUCCAGAAAUGGUGUUAUUUUUGAGACUGUUGGAUCUCUGCUGUCCUUGCUCCGCACAGGCGAUCGAGAUGUGUACCGCCAAUUCUUCAUGGAUGUUAUGUCCCUAAUUGAAGAUCUUCUAUAUGCUGCCUCGAUAUACAAUGAGAGAGGAUUAAAGGAACCCGCCCGAUUGUUGUUAAAAUCCUUUGCCGAGUCUUUUUCCAGAGGUCGUGGCGAGCCUGCCCUUCUGGAUGAUAUUCCAUUAUGUAACAGGCCAGACAGUGGAGAUGGAAUAUUAGUUGAUCUUACAGGAAAAGAAAGAUGGCUACCCUUUGCCACCUCAGCCAUCAAGCUCCUUUGUAAAUGCUUGACUGAAGGCACAUUAUAUGUUGAAGGGCUUCUGGAUGCAGCAUGUGUUUUGUCUAUCUGCAGUCUUUUGUGCUACGGGGAUGAUGAUCUGCACAUGGCAUGUUUCGACUUUGUACACAUUGUUGGAGUACGGAAAAACAGUGAGGUUCUACCUACUGAAAAACUGAUACAAACAUUGACAAUCAUUCUAAGUGAAGAUGUUGGGGCAGUUUCUGUAUACAGAGAUGCAGCUUAUGAUUCUUCUCUGGGCGGAUGUCUUCAGUCCUUGCAUUCUGGUUGUUCUGAUGAUGUUGUGAGGUCAACGGCAGCUGAUAUUGUACGCAUCUUUCCUGACUCGAUGCUGAAGACGAAGAGCUUGGAACUCAAGGCUGGCCUGUGCAGCGCAUAUAUUCGAAUUGCAAAAGUAUGUCCUCUCUAUACCUGGAGGCCAGAAUGUCUAAUUUCUAUGCUUUGCUCACCCAAGCCCAAUUUUCAUUUAAUAGACUGCUUCAAAGCUGCUGUUGAAACCCUUGGUUCUAGUCUGAUUGGAAGGACAAUAUCUGGUGAUAGUCAUAAUGCAUCAAGGGUAAAUGAACAUGAGAGCUCUAAAGUUGGGUCCAAAAGACCCAUUCCGAAUAUAGAAACUUCAGAAUCGAAGCGCCAAAAAACAGAUAUCAAUUCUGGUGAUUCAUGUCAGGAUGUAGGCAAGUUUAUCAGCAGUUUUGCUGGAGUUGAAGAUGAAGAAUAUGCUGAUUAUAUGUGUGCCUCAUUGAAUCUGUUAGUAGAAUUUCUAAAGCCUCCUGAUGAGAGCUCUAAUUCAUUGGAAGUGGAAAUUUCCUUGAGAGCUAUUUGCACACUCUGUAUUGUGUUUACAGAAUACCCUCAAGCCAACCUUUCUCAUUGUGUGUUUCGGCAAAUGUGCAAGUGGAUUUCUUGGAUGUUUGAUCAGGUGGAGCAGGGACUUCCUAUUCCUCCUGGUCUAUCAAUUUUCUUAGCAGCAGUUGAUGGCUUACUAUUUUUGCAAGGAUCCCUACCUAGAGAAAGCAAGCUAACGAUCUUUGAAAGUACUUGUGAUAUUGAAGAUUUGUUGCGACCAGUGUUAAGGCUUCCAUGGAACUGCAAUCAUGCAGUAAUAGAAUCCCAUCCUUCUUGGAAGGCAAAAUGUCUCUCAAUUCGCAUUCUUUCCAGGCUUGGAUGUACAGCACAGCAUAGUGUGGAUCUUGAUAUUCUGGAUUUGGGCCUUCAUGAUGAUGAUGAAGAAGUUAGAGCAGAAGCUAUCAUGUCUAUGCCAGUGAUUGUCCUAUUUUCUGGCUCUCCUCUUUUACGGCAUAUGUUUGGCAGACUAGAGAUCCUAAAGAAAGAGAAAAGUGAGCAAGUCAAGAAAACAAUUUCUCUCAGUCUUGGUUAUCUGGCAUGCCUACAUUGCAAUGAUGUUGCUGCGCAUUUGGAAGCUGAAUGUAAAUUGUACUUGAGGAAAGACAAAGAGAAAGAUGACAUACCAAGGGAUCAUCUGUUGCAAGGAUUUUGGUGCUCAAUUUGUGACUGCAGUACUCCAGUCAAUUAUGGGCCAUGUCUGAAUGUUACUUUGCCCAACAUGCAUGAAGAACAUUUUCAUUUGGAUUGCAAUUAUACCUAUUUGCAGUCUCUCUUUCUUGAGCUCCUCCAUGACGAGUCAUCAGAAGAAGUUCAAGUUGCAUGUGUAAAAAUGAUUGCGCGUAUCCUUAUGCAUGGACCUAAAGAUGUUUUGCUUGAGACAAGAUCUCAGUGGGUGCAAUGUGUUGAUCUUUUACUCCUUCACCGGAGCAAAAACGUUAGACAGGCAUUUGUGUCGGAAGUUGUUAUCUUUCUCAAGGAGCCUAUUUUGGACUGCUUGUUUCCUUGCAAUGAUGAUAUAAAUAAAUCUAAGGAACAGAGGUUCAUGGACAAAAUAAAACAUGCUUUGGCAGCUGCUGAGGAUCCUCUGGUUUUUGAAACUCUUCUAGAAACUGCGGCAUCAAUUAUGCAAGCUGUUGAUGUUCAUAGUCAAUUCUUUUUGUUCUCUCUUAUUUUAUUGAUCGAUCAGCUUGACAACCCUUAUGUUACUGUGAGGUUGAUUGCUUCAAAGUUGAUAAAGAGAUCAUGCUGCUUGCACCAUACAGGGGGGCUUGAAGCACUUCUUUCAAAAGUUCUUCACAUCCAAAAUGAAUUGUAUGAUUAUCUCUGCAUGAGGCUUACGAAUCAGCCGAAAAUGGUUGAAGAAUUUUCAGCAGCAGUUCUUGGCGUUGAAACUGAAGAACUUGUCAAACGAAUGAUUCCUGUUGUUCUUCCGAGGCUUGUGGUACUCAAGCAUGAUAACGAUCAAGCUCUAGCAACUUUAUACGUGUUGUCCCGUUAUUCAAAGUCUGACAUGGUGCAACUGAUUGUUAAUUGGCUGCCUAAAGUACUGGCCUUCGCUCUUCAUCAAGCUGAUGGACAGAAAUUAAAUUCUGCUUUGCAAUUCUACCACGAGCAUACUGAAUCUGACAAUCAAGAAAUUUUCGCAGCUGCUUUACCUGCACUUUUGGAGGAGCUUAUUUGCUUCAGCGAUGUCAAAGAUUCUGAAGAAAUAAGUAAAAGGCUAGCCAAGGUACCUCGCAUGAUAAAAGAAGUUGCACGAAUUUUGACUGACAGUGAAGAUCUUCCAGGAUUUCUAAGGAACCAUGUUGUUGGCUUGCUGAACAGCAUUGACAGAAAAAUGCUUCACGUGGAGGACAUGUGUCUGCAGAAACAAGCCAUUCAACGCAUAGAAAUGCUGAUUAAUUUGAUGGGCUCACAUCUUAGCACAUAUGUACCGAAAAUCAUGGUUCUUCUCAUGCAUUCUAUCAAUAAGGAAUGGCUUCAGGGUGAGGGUCUCUCGGUAUUGCAUUUUUUCUUAAAGCAAUUAGCAGUUGUAUCUCCAUCUAGCACCAAGCAUGUUGUUUCUCAAGUUUUUGCGGCUCUUGUCCCAUUCCUGGAGAAAGAGACAGGAAAGACAUCUCCCAUUAUGAUUAAAAUUGUUGAGAUAUUGGAAGAACUUGUGGUUCAGAAUAAGGUUGUUCUAAAGCAACAUAUCCGUGAGUUCCCAACUGUACCCAACGUUCCUGCCCUGACAAGAGUGAACAAGGUCAUUCAAGAAGCACGUGGAUCCAUGACCUUGAAAGAUCAAUUACAUGAUGUUGUGGAGGGACUAAAUCAUGAAAAUUUGAAUGUAAGGUACAUGGUGGCAUCCGAGCUAAGCAAGCUGUUGAACUUAAAGAGGGAAGAGUUCAUGGCUUUGUUCACCAAGGAAGCGGAUUCAGUCAUGGAUGUAGUGAGCUCCUUAAUAACAUCACUUUUUAAAGGCUGUGCGGAAGAAUCAAGGACUUCAGUUGGACAGCGCUUAAAGCUGAUAUGUGCAGAUUGCCUGGGUGCAAUUGGUGCUAUCGAUCCUGCGAAAAUCAAGGUUAAUCCCAGCACAAGGUUUAAAAUAGCAUGUUCCGACGAUGAUUUAAUUUUUGAGUUGAUACAUAAACAUCUAGCUAGAGCUUUCAGAUCUGCACCUGAUACUAUUAUCCAAGAUUCAGCUGCCUUGGCUAUUCAGGAGCUACUAAAAAUUGCAGGAUGUGAGGCGUCACUUGAUGAGAAUGUUCUAGAACGGACAAAAAACACGAAGGUGGGCAAAUUGUCAAACGACUACCCUGCAAUGUCUGGUAGGGGGCAGAGGUUGUGGGACAGGUUCUCAAAUUAUAUUAAAGAGAUAAUAGCCCCUUGCUUAACAUCACGUUUCCAACUUCCUAACAUGUCUGAUUCUGCUGCUUGUGGUCCUAUAUACCGCCCUUCCAUGUCGCUACGAAGAUGGAUAUAUUUUUGGAUUAAAAAAUUAACGGCACAUGCCACAGGUUCGCGGUCUGCAAUUUUUAAUGCUUGUCGAGGUAUAGUACGUCAUGAUAUGCAUGUGGCCAUGUAUCUUCUACCAUACCUUGUACUAAAUGCUGUGUGUGAUGGUACUGAGGAUGCACGCAGUGGCAUAACAGAGGAAAUUUUGUCAGUUCUUAAUGCGGCCGCUUCAGAUAGUAGUGCACUUGCUGUUCAGGGUAGCAAUUCAGGGAAAAGUGAGGUGUGCAUUCAAGCUAUAUUCACUCUUCUCGAUAAUCUAGGCCAAUGGGUGGAUGAUGUUAAACAAGAACUCGCCCUUUCCCAGCCACUUCAAUCGUGCAACCCUAAGCAACUAGCCAACAAGUUGAAGGACCAAAAUAUGAACGUUUCAAAGGAUUCAAACCAGGUUCUUGUACAAUGCACAUACGUGGCAGAACUUCUGGGUGCAAUUCCUAAAGUUACUCUUGCUAAGGCCUCAUUCAGAUGUCAGGCCUAUGCCAGGUCUUUAUUAUACUUUGAGUCUUAUGUGCGCGCCAAGUCUGGAGCUUUCAAUCCUGCUUCUGAAAAGAGCGGUGUCUUUGAGGAUGAAGACAUAUCCUUUUUAAUGGAGGUGUAUAGUGGAUUGGAUGAGCCAGAUGGAUUAUCUGGUCUGGCAUCUCUUCGUAAAUCAAAAAGCUUACAGGAUCAUAUCUUGAUUAAUAAAAAGGCAGGAAACUGGGCUGAAGUUUUGACUUCUAGCGAGCAGGCUCUCCAGAUGGAACCUUUUUCUGUUCAGUGGCACUCUGAUGUCCUUAAUUGCUUGCUAAACAUGUGUCAUUUACAGGCCAUGGCAACUCAUGUAGAUGGACUAAAUUCUAGGAUUCCACAGUAUAGGAAAACAUGGUGCACCCAAGGGGUUCAAGCUGCCUGGAGGCUUGGGAGGUGGGACUUGAUGGAUGAAUAUUUGACUGGGGCUGAUGAAGAAGGUGUACUCUGUAGCAGCUGUGAUAGUAAUGCUCUGUUUGAUAAGGAUGUCGCCAAGAUUCUUCAGGCAAUGAUGAAAAAGGAUCAAUUUUCUGUUGCUGAGAAAAUUGCUUUGUCUAAACAAGCUCUAAUUGCUCCACUUGCUGCUGCUGGGAUGGAUUCUUAUGCACGAGCCUACCCAUUUGUAGUAAAGCUUCACUUGCUUCGGGAACUUGAGGAUUUUAAUUCUCUUCUUAAUGGCGAGUCUUUCUUGGGAAAGAGUUUCCAACUGAAUGAACCAGAAUUCAAAAGAACAUUGGAAAACUGGGAAAGCCGCCUCAAACUUACCCAACCGUCUCUAUGGGCAAGGGAACCACUCCUGGCCUUCCGGAGUCUUGUUUUUCGCGCCAGUGAUCUUGGCGCUGAACUCGGUAACUGUUGGAUACAGUACGCAAAGCUCUGUCGUUCAGCCGGUCAUUAUGAAACUGCUAAUCGAGCAAUUUUGGAAGCAAAGGCCUCCGGGGCAUGCAACGUUCACAUUGAGAAGGCUAAGCUUCUCUGGAGCACAAGAAGGGCGGAUGGCGCCAUUGCCGAGCUGCAGCAGUCACUUCUCAACAUGCCCGUUGAGGUUAUUGGCUCUGCUGCUAUUUCAUCAAUGACCAGCUUAUAUGUGGUUCCUAUUAAUCCUGCACCUUUGCUCUCUGAUAUUCAGUCUUUGAAUGAGAAUCGGGAUGUUGCGAAGACCCUUCUCUUGUACUCAAGGUGGAUUCAUUACACUGGCCAAAAGCAGAAAGAAGAUGUGAUAAAUUUAUAUUCCCGGGUGAAGGAAAUGCAGCCAAAAUGGGAAAAAGGAUAUUUUUAUAUGGCAAAAUAUUGUGAUGAGGUACUUGUUGAUGCUCGAAAACGCCAAGAAGACAGUACAGAGCAGCCUGGGAGAGUGAUGGCGUCUAAUUUAUCGCUUGCACCUUCUACGAAAGGGAAUUCUGAACGAAGAUGGUGGGCUUACCUUCCAGACGUGCUCUUGUUUUAUGCAAAAGGGCUUCACAGAGGCCACAAGAAUCUUUUCCAAGCACUGCCAAGGUUGUUAACUUUGUGGUUCGACUUCGGGAAUGUUUAUCACCGAAGUAAUAUACAGUCCAGUAUGAAGAAUGUACAUACAAAGAUAAUGAGCAUCAUGAGAGGAUGUUUGAAGGACUUGCCGACGUACCAAUGGUUGGCUGUUUUACCUCAACUGGUCUCGAGGAUUUGCCACCAAAAUGAAGAAACUGUCCGCUUGGUGAAACACAUAAUCACUUCUGUCCUUCAGCAGUAUCCUCAACAAGCACUCUGGACCAUGGCAGCUGUCACAAAAUCAACGGUCCCUUCAAGAAGGGACGCUGCUGCUGAGAUCAUACAAGCUGCUAAAAGAGGAUCAAGCCAAGGAGGUCCCAACCCUAUGUUUGUGCAGUUUGCUGCACUAGUGGAUCAUCUGAUUAGGUUAUGCUUCCAUCCCGGCCAAUCAAAGACUAGAACAAUCAAUCUUUUGACGGAGUUUAGUUCUCUGAAGAGGAUGAUGCCGGUGGACAUUAUAAUGCCAACCCAGGAGGCUCUCACUGUGAAUUUACCAUCAUGUGAUGUGAAGUUAACAGAUUCUGGUACCUCUGAUCUCUUUUCUCAUUUGGAUCUGCCAACAAUAUCAGGAAUAGCCGAUGAGGCCGAGAUUCUUUCAUCACUUCAGCGCCCAAAGAAAAUCAUUCUCAUUGGCAGUGAUGGAUCUGAGCGCCCAUUUCUUUGCAAACCAAAGGAUGACCUGCGAAAAGAUGCACGAAUGAUGGAGUUCAAUGCAAUGAUAAACCGUUUACUUUCAAAAAGCCCUGAAAGUAGACGACGGAAGCUCUACAUCCGUACAUUUGCGGUGAUCCCAUUGACAGAAGACUGUGGCAUGGUUGAGUGGGUGCCUCAUACUCGUGGGCUCCGGCAUAUUCUCCAGGAUAUCUAUAUAAGCUGUGGGAAGUUUGAUAGGCAGAAAACAAAUCCUCAAAUUAAGCGUAUUUAUGAUCAAUCGUCACAUGAUAAGAUGCCAGAAGAAGAGAUGCUAAAGACCAAAAUUCUGCCGAUGUUCCCUCCAGCUUUCCACAAGUGGUUUUUAAACACAUUCUCGGAGCCAGCUAUGUGGUUUAGAGCUCGAAUUGCCUAUGCCCAUACUACUGCAGUUUGGUCAAUGGUUGGGCACAUUGUUGGCCUCGGGGAUCGGCACGGUGAAAACAUCCUUUUCGACUCUACCACGGGAGAUUGUGUCCAUGUUGAUUUUAGUUGCUUGUUUGACAAAGGCCUGCAGUUGGAGAAGCCAGAACUAGUGCCCUUCCGACUGACUCAGAACAUGAUUGAUGGGCUCGGCAUAACUGGCUACGAAGGCACAUAUCGAAGGGUUUGCGAGAUCACACUUUCGACUCUAAGGGCGAACAAGGAGACACUCAUGAGUGUUCUGGAGACCUUUAUACACGAUCCUCUUGUGGAGUGGACUAAGCACCAUAAGUCUAGUGGAGUCGAAGUACAGAAUCCACACGCACAGCGAGCCAUCAGUAACAUGGAAGCACGGUUACAAGGAGUUGUGGUUGGUGUAGGGGCAGCACCAUCGUUGCCUCUCGCCGUAGAAGGACAAGCUCUUCGUCUAAUAGCAGAAGCUGUUUCGCUUAAAAACCUUGGAAAGAUGUAUAUAUGGUGGAUGCCUUGGUUUUAA